UUGCACUCAGUAGCUGGGACUCUUAUCAAGGCUGUGGCCUGUCAGGGGGCGUCCUUUCCUGGGCUCCCUCCUUGUUUGCAUACUCAUUUGCAUCCUGGCAGGGUGAGAGGUCACCUCCUGGUGGCACAACUGGUCUGCUUCUCUGACUGAAGGGUGCCCGGCCCUGUGAGCUGAGGAAUCCCACUGGUGGCCUCCGAACCAUGGCUUUCCCUGUGGGAUUUGGAUGGGGAUCAGCCACUGCAGCCUACCAGGUGGAAGGAGGCUGGGAUGCAGAUGGAAAAGGCCCUUGUGUCUGGGACACAUUCACCCAUCAGGGAGGAGAGAGAGUUUUCAAGAACCAGACUGGCGAUGUAGCUUGUGGCAGCUACACACUGUGGGAGGAAGAUUUGAAAUGUAUCAAACAGCUUGGAUUGACUCAUUACCGCUUCUCUCUUUCCUGGUCACGUCUGUUACCUGAUGGGACGACAGGUUUCAUCAACCAGAAAGGAAUUGACUAUUACAACAAGAUCAUCGAUGAUUUAUUAACCAAUGGGGUUACACCCAUAGUGACGCUCUACCACUUCGAUUUGCCUCAGGCUUUGGAAGACCGAGGAGGUUGGCUGUCUGAGACUAUCAUCGACUCCUUUGACAAAUAUGCUCAGUUUUGCUUUCGUACCUUUGGAGAUCGAGUCAAGCAGUGGAUCACCAUAAACGAGCCCAAUACUUUAGCCCUGGCGGCGUACGAGCUGGGCAUAUUUGCUCCUGGUGUACCUCACUUUGGAACUGGAGGCUAUCAGGCAGCUCAUAAUUUGAUUAAGGCUCACGCCAAAUCCUGGCACAGCUAUGAUUCUUUAUUCCGCAAGGAGCAGAAGGGCAUAGUGUCCCUGUCACUUUUUGCGGGCUGGGUGGAACCCGCAGAUCCCCACUCAGUGUCCGACCAGGAAGCUGCUCAGAGAGCCCUUGCUUUUCACUUCGACCUCUUUGCCAAACCCAUAUUCCUUGACGGUGAUUAUCCUGACGCUGUCAAGUCCCAAGUCGCCUCCGUAAGUCAGAAGCAAGGCUACCCAGCAUCGAGGCUUCCGGAAUUCACAGAGGAGGAGAAGAAGAUGGUCAAGGGCACUGCGGAUUUCUUCGCCGUGCAAUACUACACAACUCGCUUAGUCAAGGGUCAGAAUAAGAAAGGAGAACAGAGUCUCUUCCGGGAUAUGGAGAUCGACAUGUUUCCAGAUCCAUCUUGGAAGAAUGUGAAUUGGGUCUAUGUGGUGCCAUGGGGAAUACGUAAACUGCUGAGCUAUAUUAAGGAUACGUAUAAUAACCCUGUAAUUUACAUCACUGAGAAUGGGUUUCCCCAGAGUGACCCUGCAUCUCUUGAUGACACUCAGCGCUGGGAGUAUUUCAGACAGACAUUGCAGGAACUAUUCAAAGAAAAUUAUUGCCUGGAGUUCAUAGAGUCAGAAGGGCACCUCAAGUUUAACAAAGUUACAGGAGAGAGCAUCCAAUCUCAGCAAUCUCAGCAUUUGGAUGAACCCACCCGGUCAGAGUAUUCCUGCAGAAUCUCCCGUGAACAACUGCACAGCGGUUACAGCCCUGGCAGUCAAAUCACCUUUCAAAACUCAACCAUGGCAUGCACCACUGGAUCUAUCAAGUUUUAAGACAGUUAAGUGUGAUUUUUUUUUUCAAAUUUCACCAUAAAUAUUAAUUUAACACCACUAAGUAGUGCAGCAAUUGUAACAUUCCUUAAAUUUAGCUUGAGCACAGAACUUUUGUCUCUAGAAAGAGGGACCAAGUUGCAGCAUUUUCAAAAUGACUGCCCCACCACAAUUUUAAUUCUGGAUAGGAGAAGUCUGUGUUUCUCUUCUGACUUUGGAACACAAAGCUUAUCCCAGUACAGGGUUGCUUUUACCCCAAGUUACUGUUUAGAUGGCAUUUUCUUCAAUACAACGAAAAUAUCAGCCAGGUACUAGAAAUGAAAAUAGUCUCUUGGAAUAGAAAGUAAUUCUUCAGGCUUAUCUGGAAAUGCCGUGUGCAGAGGAGGGAGAGGGAGGCCGGUCUCUUUGAAUGGGGUCAUCUCAUUGACAGCGAAGUUUCCUGAGUGUGAAUAGGAUUUGCUAAUGCAACAAUAUCAUAGCCUGAGAUUAUUUUGUGCCAUUCUAAAGUUCAGCCACAUUCCCCCCUUGUUUGUGAAAGUCCAUUAGGGGAAUGGAAUCACUGCCUGCUUUGGAGAUAAGUGAAACCACUGUGGGUGGAGAAAGAAAAGGCCUUUGAACUUAAGAAUGUUAAUUGGUGCUGGCCAGUGAAGGUGAACAAGAAGCCAUAGAUGUUUCAAGUGAAAACAUGAAUAAACUUGAGACUUAAAGGUAGAUAACAGGACUAGGGUAAGAGUAGGAAUGCAUCACAGCUGCUGAGGACAUCACCCUUUUUCCUCUCCUGACAACAAGUGGAAUUCAUUGAACAGAUUGACACCCAACCCAAUGUCUUAAUUUUAAACAAUCAUGCGCUUUCGUGAGUAAUUAGUCAAGGCAAUUAUGUUUCCUAGUUAACAAUGAGCAGAAUAAUACAAGAAUUAGAUCAUGACCUAUGAGUAAAUGGGUCUAUGUUAAAUGUAUACCUUCAUUAGUAGAUGAGUUUUUAUGUGGGUAAUACUGACUUAGUCUUUUAAAACAUUUUUCUUCUAAAGUUGUUCAGGAUAUGGUUGAACUUUUGAAUGAGCAGUUGAUUUUUUGUUUAAAAAGCGGCAUGGGGCCAGCAG